ACAUCGCUAUCACCGGUCCGCCUCUCUCGUACUUGCCCUUUAACGUCACUAGGCCCCGCCUUUCAGUACGUGACGUUCCCAAGCCACGCCCCUAGAACACGUCACUGGCCCUUGACUGUGCCUGCUAGGUGCCGCCCGGUGUCUCCCGGUGUGUCACCCCCGCCCGGAGCUUCACCAUGGCGGCCAGCGCCAAGCGGAAGCAGGAGGAAAAGCACCUGAAAUUGCUCCGGGAGAUGACCAGCCUCCCGCACAACCGCAAGUGCUUCGACUGUGACCAGCGCGGCCCGACCUACGCCAAUAUGACGGCGGGGGCCUUCGUGUGCACGUCGUGCUCCGGCAUCCUGCGCGGUUUGAACCCACCCCACCGAGUGAAGUCAAUCUCUAUGACCACGUUUACACAGCAAGAAAUAGAAUUCCUUCAGAAGCACGGCAAUGACGUGUGCAAACAGAUCUGGCUAGGAUUAUUUGAUGAUAGGUCUUCUGCUAUCCCAGACUUUAGAGAUCCUCAAAAAGUUAAAGAAUUCCUACAGGAGAAAUAUGAGAAGAAGCGAUGGUAUGUUCCUCCAGAACAAGCCCGGGUGGUGGCCUCUGUUCAUGCCUCGAUAUCUGGGUCCUCUGCGAGUAGCACCAGUAGUACACCAGAAGUAAAACCGUUAAAGACUCUAUUGGGGGAGGCUGCGCCGUCUCUGCAGCUGAACAAGGGGACCCCUAGCCAGUCUCCUGUUGUGGCUCGCAAUCAGGUGCCCCAGCAGCAGCAUCAUCAUCAUCAAGAGAAGAAGCAGUUUGACCUCCUGAGUGACCUUGGAGCGGACAUCUUCGCCACCCCUGCACCGCAGACGGCUGCCACCGCUAACUUUGCCAAUUUUGCAAACUUCAACAGUCAUACAGCUCAAAAUUCUGCCAAUGCAGACUUUGCAAACUUUGAUGCAUUUGGACAGUCUAGUGGUGCCAGUAGUUUUGGAGCGUUCCCCACAUCGAGUCAGACACCCACCCAGCCUUUAAAUACAGCGUUCAGAACGCUCUCUACCAGCUGCAGUUUUGGUGACUUUACGUCUGCUUUCUCUCUGCAGACCUCUUACCGUACAAAUGCAAAUGCAAACUUUGCUCAGUUCGACAACUUUCCUAAGUCCUCCAGUGCCGACUUUGGGGCCUUUAAUUCAACUGGAGCUAGUAAAACGGCUGCUGUUAGUAAACCAAGUCAGCCUUCAGCAGAUAAAUAUGCAGCUCUUGCAGACUUAGACAACAUCUUUGGCAGUGUGCAAGGUGGCAGUGCACAAGGAAGUAGCUUUGGCAGUGCAACAGUCUCCUCUAAACCUGUCCCGGCUGCUCCUGCCCCAACAGAUAACAAUGUUUUUGGAAUCCCAGCUGCAGUCCCUGCAGCGCACACCCACCCACCUCAGUCAGUUGGGGGAGCAUUUGGAGCUUCUGCCUCCACGAAUCCGUUUGUUUCUGCUUCUGUUGCACCUGCCGUAAACCCCUUCCAGACAAAUGGACGAGCGCCUCCAGGGGUCCGUGAUGGUCACACGACCGAGAUGGACUACCCGGGUGCCCCAUUUCACCCAUUCCACCAGACCAGACUGCCGACAGCUGCAGGAGCAUUGGAUGUCUCUUCUUUUGGAACAGCCUCACUAAGCAUGCCCGCUGGGUUCGGGACAUCGGCAUCAUACAGUCUUCCUACCAGCUUUAGUGGCACUUUUCAUCAGCCUGCAUUCCCCCCUCAGACUGCCUUCCCCCAACAGACUGCUUUCUCACAGCAGCCUAAUGGUAAUAUACAAGGAGCUGGUUUUGGUGCGUUUGGUCCAGCAAAGUCAGUGGUUACUCCAUUUGGACAGGUUGCAGCUCCUGCAGUCUCUAGUAAUCCUUUCAUGGCCGGGGCACCCUCGGGACAGUUUCCAGCAGGAAGUUCAUCGACAAAUCCUUUCUUAUAGCCUUAGACUAACACAGGAGCUUACCAGGCAUCACCGUACAUGUACUGCCUCUUGCACUGUUUGUCUUGUUUAACCAGCGUAAGCUUUAAACACAGGGAGUUCUUUCAGAGCCUGCAAUUAUAUUUUUUUUUUUGUAUUUAAACAAAAAAAAAAAAGGAAGAAAACAAGGUAAUAUGUGCAAUUGGGAAGCCUUUUCUGUUUUCAUUCAAUCUGUUGGCUGCCCAGAGGAUAUCAAGUCCUGGGGCAGCCAAGGGGUUAAUUGAAGGCGUAUCAUGUAUAUUAAAUUUGGUAAGUUAUUGCAGAUUCCAUAUUCGUUAAGCUGCAGUACUGUAUAUAUUUCUUUUUUUCUUAGGGUCUAGGUAAUUAUUCAUAUCAGUAUUUCUAACUCAUAACACUUUAUGCUAUGUGAAAGAGCAAACAAGUCCACCUAUAACUGAAAAAGACUUUAAUCAUUUUAGCAAUCCGGCUUGAUGGGAUGUGGCAGUUCAAUGUUAAAUGAUGAAAAUCUAUACAUUUUAUUCACACAAAAAAAUGAAAAGAAAACAAUCCCACAAACUUUUACUUUGCCCAAUAAAGCUAUUUGUUUCUAUACGCCUAAAAUAUCCAUAUUGAGGACUCAUUUCUGCAUAAUAAAGCUAAUAAUGUUUUGCUACAGUUUGCAGGUGAAAAAAUAUUAAAAUAUUAGAAAAAUG